ACCCGGUUCUCUCUCUCUCUCUCUCUCUCUCUCUCUGAAUCGAUCAUCGGCUCUCUCUCUCUCUUCGCCAUGGAGGAACCCAGCUCCGAUGCCCCCGCCGCCGUCCAGCACGUCGACAGGAAGCGCUCCGACCAGCUCCUCAGCAAGUUCGCCGACGAGACGAAAGAUCCGAGGGCGCCCAAGCGCCGGAGGAGGGACCGCCGCAGCCCGCUGUCGCCGGGGGGCGGCGCCGACCUGAGCGAAUCGCAGGCGUCGGGAGAGAGGCGGUCGCUGCUCGCGCCGCCCCCGGCGGCGAAGCGGAGGUCGGCCUUGCUCCGGAGGCUCGUGUUGGUCAAGCGGCCGCAGCUGGGGACGAGGGACAUCAGGAACAGGUCGCUGUUGGGAGCUAUCGAGAAGACAUGGAGGAGGACGGUGGAGGGCGCGUCGCGAGUGUUCAUGGAGAAGCAUUACCAUCGUCACAAGCGCUUGAUUAGCGACGCCGUUUAAGCUCCUUAAUCGUGAUUAAUUAUGUGGGGCCCGGAUUUGGCAGGUGGAGACAAUCAUGGUUGUAAACUGUAAAGUUUUCAACGUUUUUUUUUUCUGUUUAAUUCGUUGAGGGUUUUCAGAUUGUUUUUGGUUUUCUCAAUUUUUUUUUUUAAAUUUUUUUUAACAAGUUGUCCAAUGAUGAGGAAUAAUUCGGCAUAGAAUCCUUACUAUGCUUAUUUAGCAAGUUUUAUUUUUCUCAGUUUCGUUCUUCUAAUUUGUUUCGGUGUAGUGUAAUAGACCAACCAUUUGCUAUGAAUUUCGUCUUACUUGGCGUUA